UCAAUAUAAAUGAUGAAGAAUUUCACUUCCAUCAAUAAACUUAAAAAAAUAUCAUCCCUCCCUCCGAUUUCCCAUGUUCAAAAAACCAGAAGUUAUAUUGCGAUCUCAUUCAUUGGAAAACCCAAGCUCCGAUUUUCGUGCUUGCAGUUUCAAUGGACACUGAAGCAGUGAUCGAGUUCUUAGGCAACGUUCCAUUGCUGCAGAGGCUACCGAGCUCGUUUUUGAGGAAAAUUGCCCAAAUCGUCGAAGUUAAGCACUAUGAGAAAGGGAAGUAUGUUGUUCGAGCGGGUGAAGUUGGGGAUGGAAUAUAUUUCAUAUGGGAAGGAGAGUACUUUUAGCUGCCCAAUUCAUGGUCUACAGGCAGAGGUCUCUGGAUCAGUUCAUACUGAGGAAGUGAAUCGUCUUGGAUAUCAGUUGAAACAAUUUGAUUACUUUGGUCAUGGUGAGAAGUUUGUCUUCCCUUUUUCAUGGACCAUUUUGUUUGUUUCUUGUUUACUUUCAUAAGUUUCAUGUUUUUCUGCAAUUCCGAGAGAACUGUAAACUUCUGCCAGAUUUUUUAGAUAUUUUCCCUUAAUAUUACAGUAAUCCACAUCAAUCAGUUAGUAGUUGAGUGCGCUGUCUCUUGACAGAAUGCAGAUGAAUUAGAUGCUGUUAACACUUAUUUAACAGCCCUUCAAAAUAUGUUGUUU